AUUCUCUGUAUCUACAAACACACACUUUAUGGAACUGAUGCAAGUAAACUCCAGCCACUUUUCAAAGCUAUUAUUAUCUUUAUUUACUUCAGAAAAAAUCAUAUAACUGGAUUUCAUAUAUACCAUUUUGAUGCCUAAAUGUAGAAGUAAUCAGUUUAUGUUGUGGUUGGUCUAAAUGGAGCUAAUGUGAACCGUUAAGCGGACGUGUGUACCAAUGCAUCAUUUUGUAUAAAGUGAUCAUGUUUUCUGAUGAUGUUGUGGAGUAAUGGUAACAAUAACUAAAGAUCCAGGACCUGAACUUUUACUGAAGUAAGGUGAUCAAAUGUUGAGUAACUGUGAUUCAUUUUCCAAAGGGAUGUCAACAUACUUUUGGUCACAUUGUGUAUAUUUCUUUUUUGUUUGGAUGGUACUACAAAUAAACUUGCUUCAUUGGGCCCUAAAGAGAAAUAGAAAUAUUAUAAAUCUAAGACUGAACCAUUGCUCAAAAACUGACAUAAACACAGUAACAGUUGCUCUCCACUCUUGUCUGGUCUCGUCUUUCAGGAAUUAAGAAGCCCUGUUUAAACCUGUUACACGUGCACCACACUCCCACGCUUUUCUCCAGUUAUGUGUACAUGUGUGUCAAAAUGAGGCCUGUGCCAGAUAAAACAUGGAGUAUGAGUCAGAGGUAACAACAAUGGCCCAGAGAAACAUUUCCCCCUCCCUUAAUGAAUCCUCCAACUCAACCAUUGUGUAUGACGGCACUGGCACCACUAUGGGCGCCCUCAUCCUGAGCCUCGUCUUUCUCCUGGGCUUCCCUGGAAACCUCUUCAUCAUCUGGAGCGUCCUGGCACGUGCCCAGAAGUAUUCUGUCACCACGCUCCUCAUCCUCAACCUAGCUAUUGCCGACGGCUCUCUGAUGGCUCUCACCCCGUUCUUCAUCAUCUACCUGGUUUUUAAGAAGUGGGUGUUUGGGAAUGUGAUGUGUAAGAUCCUCUUCUACCUGUGUCUGGUCAACAUGUACGCCUCCAUCCAGAUCAUCAUGCUCAUGAGCAUCUACAGGCUGGUGGCAGUGCUGUGGCCGCGGCGCGUCACUCUUGUCACCAACCGGAAGAGUGUACUGCGGGUGCUGGUGGUGUUGUGGAUUCUGGUGAUUGUCGCUUCUGUUCCUGCAAUAAUCUUCAGAAAUGUGAAGCAGGAGGGGACUACCGUGUUGUGCGAACCAGUCCACGAGGAAAGCAGCCAUGUGGUCCUCCAGUACAUGCUGGAGCUCGUGUUGGGGUUUCUAAUUCCCUACGGGACCAUUGUAGUCAGCUACAUCUGCAUCUUACGACGGAUCCGACAGACAAGGUUCCGCCGUCGCAUUCACAGUGAGAAUCUCAUCCUGGCCAUCGUGUUAACCUUCUGCCUCUUUUGGUUACCCUACCACCUCAUCAACAUGGUGCAAGUAACAUGGGCUUUGUAUCCAGAGGGCAACGUAAAAGACGUACUCAAUGCAAUAUGGCACAAGAGCCGAGCAGUCACGUCUGCUAUAGCCUUCAUCAGCAGCUGUGCCAACCCAGUGCUCUACUUCUUUGCAGGAAAGUCCUACAUCCGUCGAGAGGGGCUGGCGUUCAUGGCACGCUUGUUUGAGGGCACUGGGCUUGACUCGGCCACUAGGAAGAGCCGACAAAACAGCCAGAACAGCCGGGAAAAAGACAAAGAAGCAGAUGCUAUCGUGCCAAAGGACAAAGAUCCAUACUGUGUUACCAACUCUUCUAUUACCAAACCAGUAAAGAAUGGUAGCUAGAGGACACACAAUUCAGCAGGCUUGAAGCUGGUGUUGUUCCUCUGGUUGUAAAAAUUCCUGUUGCAAAAAC